UUGCAUAAAGCGAAAACGUUCAUGCUGGAAUCGAGGGUGAAUGCUGUGCACGCGGCGACAUUGAUCUCGUUGGGAAUGUUAGAUGAGGCUGAAGAACUUUUUAAGGCGGGUAUAACAUCGGUCGAAGCAGUUGCGGCACUUCGUUUGAUCAAUGCUCUUAAUUUUCGAAAGGUUUACUCGCUUAAUAUCGUUUUUAUCUUUUUCAUUUCUCUUUUCGGUAUUAUCAAUAUUAUAUGA